GAAAGCUUCGUUUGAGCAGGGGUGCACCAGCAGUUUGGAACACCUCCGCGAGGGAAAAUAGUGGGAUAUUAAAAAGUCUGCAAAGCUCAAGACAGAAUCCCUUUGCGCUCUUUUUAAGUUUGCCUCUCAUUAUGCGCAAUUGCGCAGCAAGACAGACAUGAAAUGUGAUUCCAGCAGCGGGAUGCUCUGGGUUGAAACUACCGCAGCGCGUCAAGGAGAAAGCCCUUCAGUUCUGACCCCGUUCAUGUGAAAUGCGCAUCCAGAUUCUCUCACAUGACCAGAUCGAGCAACUGGUCAGAUAGUUAACGGGGCUGGAAAGACUGAGCGAUUUGAGACAUUUAUAUCUUGGAGACGUUAAGCAUGACUGGGGACUCCUGACCGUCGUGACUUGUGGCAGUUUGCAUGAAGAUUGCGGAUGCGCUCUCUCCAAGUGUGGAUAUUCAGGCGGAGGCACCAUGGACGCAGCGGACGUAGUUGCUUCUCUGCUGAUUUUGGGGAUUAUCGUCGUGUCGCUGCUCUCCAACGUCGUCGUGCUGAUCUGUUUUCUGUACAACCCGGAGAUCCGCAAGCAGGUGCCCGCUCUCUUCAUCCUCAACUUGUCGCUCUGCAACCUGUUGCAGAGCGUGUCCAACAUGCCUCUAACUUUGGUCGGGCUCGUCACUUCGGGGCACCCCGGAGGCAGCGGCUUCUGCCAGAUCGUGGGUUUCCUCGACACUUUCCUCACCACGAACUCAAUGCUCAGCAUGGCAGCGCUCAGCAUCGAUAGGUGGGUGGCGGUGGUGUUCCCGCUGAGCUAUCACUCGCGAAUACGCCACCGGGAUGCGGUACUGGCGCUGGCGUACACCUGGAUACACUCGAUGUGCUUCUCCGCGGUGGCCACCUGCCGCUCCUGGCUCGGGUACAACCACCUUUACGCGUCUUGCACCCUCUGCAGCGUCCGGGCAAAGGCGGCUGGGAAACAGUACAUUGUUUUCACCGUGGCUUUGCAUUGUCUCACAUUCCUCCUCACGCUGAUCGUGAUGUGCGUAACCUAUCUGAAAGUGCUAAAAGUUGCAAGGUCGCACUGCAAGCGCAUCGACGUGAUCACGAUGCAGACGUUGGUGCUGCUGGUGGAUAUUCACCCCAGUGUUCGCCAGAAAUGCCUGGAGGAGCAGAAGCGCAGGAGGCAGAGGGCCACCAAGAAGAUCAGCACAUUUAUCGGCACAUUUGUGGUCUGUUUCACACCUUACGUCAUUACAAGAAUUGUAGAGCUCUUCUCCCCAGGACCCAUCAACCCUCACUGGGGUGUCUUCUCCAAAUGCCUGGCCUACAGCAAGGCAGCCAGCGACCCGUUUGUCUAUUCACUGCUGCGCUACCAGUACAGGAAGACCUGCAGCCUGCUGGCCAAUAAAGCUCUCAAGAGGAGUUCCCUGAACUCCUCCUCCUUCAGGGUAGAAAGCAAAGCUAGGACUACUGCAGCCAAUUCCAACGCAACGGUCAGUAUCCAACCACCAACUAACAAACCACUCAGCCAAUGAAGGCAGUCACAUGUAGAGAUGUAUAUCAAACUCAAGACGGCCGAUUGACCUCUUUGUAGCAUCAGAGCUCAAAACAUGUGCCUCUCAGUUAUUCGCCGGGGAACAAGGCUGGUAAUAGUCUAUAUCUAUUUUUAUAGACAAAAUAAGUUCAUGAAAACAUCUGAGGCAAACAUAAUGCCUGACUCACUUAGCUGCACAUUUGUCCCUGCACAGGGCAUAAUUUUUUUGAAAGUAGGUCACA